AUGGACCUCCUCCGGAAAAUUUGGGUUAGACUCAACAGAAUACGGAAAAGGCAAGGCAGAUGCAACGAACUCAUGUACAAAUGGAAGUUCAGAGAGAGUCCAGGAUACGACUGUGGCGCAAAUAUACAACCAAAGCAGCACUUAAUCCUGGAUUGUCAUUUGAGAAGUUACGAUGGUGACCUGGAGGACUUCCUCAAAGUGACUCCUGAUGCAGUGGCCUGGUUAGAGGCUUUGGAUAUAGACAUCUAA